CAAGACAAAGAAGCUCCAGAGCUCGCUCUGCAACUCCAAAAACCCACCAAAGAAGUUGCCGUUUCUUUUGAAUUUUGAUCAGAAUGGGGCACAAGAGGGUGAAGAUGGAGCUGAUAAAAAACGAGCGGAACCGUAUCCAAACUUUCAAGAAACGGAAGGCCAACUUACUGAAGAAAAUGUCAGAGUUCACCAUCCUGUGCGGUGUGGAGGCAUGUCUGAUCAUGUUCGGUCCGACGAGGACCCAUAGCGAUCCGGCCGCCGCGAUGGAGGAGGAGGAAAAUGAGCUGGAGACAUGGCCGGCUGAUCCGCAAGCCGUCAGGGCGAUCAUCCAGCGUUACAGGACCUCGGAUGGCCCGAAGAGAACCUACCACCUCUCCGAUUACUUCGCGGAGAAGAAGAAACGAGUCGACCUCGAGGUGGCCAACCUGAACAAGCAGAUUUACCGGCACAAGUUCCCUGCCAGCUGGGACUCGAGGCUCGACGGCUUCUCCGCCGAUCAGCUCACUGUCCUGCUGGGUCAGCUGGAUUCCAAGCUCAAGCUUGCCGACCAGAAGCUCGCCGGUUUCAGCUUGGCUGCUGCAGCUAAUCGCUCCAAUCGGCUGGAGUUCGAUUUCAGUCAGUUUCCGCCUGCUGUUCCUCCCGCUGUUGUCAUUGAUUCGGACAACAAUAUGGGUUUUGCUGGGGAUAUCCAGAAACUGGGAUUCUGUAACGACUACGUGGAAGUCCAGCAUAAGCAGUACUACAAUCGUCCCCAGUCGACCCAGCAGUUUGAUCAUCAUCCUCCACAGCCUCAGCAAGAGCAACAGCAGCAGAGUUCGUUUAUGGCUAUGUUGAAUGCGAAUUCCUCCGAAGCAAGCGAUGAGAUUCAGUUUACUAACCUACAUUCCCACAGUGGGUUACAACAGCUUCUGCCGGAUGUGAACAGCUUUGGUGGUUGCUACUCUGCAGCAGAGGAAGAUUUGAGCCCGAAGGAGUUCAGCAAGGUCGGGUACUCGAUCGAUUUCGAGCUGUUCAACCAUCAUCAAGUGAUGAAACCGGUACUUGAUAGCCAAAUGGUGAUGAUGAAGAGGUUUGGAGGUUACGGUCAGGACUCGGCUACAUAUGGUUCGUUUGGUGCUGCUAGUACUUAUAUGAAGCCAUGGGGGUUGGAUUCUUGUGGCGAGUUUGUGAUCAAUUAUUCUCAUGAUUGGUCAAUGAUGAGUUAUAUGAACUCUCCAUUAAGCAGCAUUCAGCAAAUUCUGCAGCAGCCGCAUCAAUUGCAGUUUCCGGCAAACGCAACUGCUGGAUUCGCUGCUGCUCAUUAUCAUCAGGGGCAGUUUUCUCAGCAAGUGGAUGGUGGUGGUGGUGACGGUGGUAGUCAUCAUGCGCCGAUGACAGGAAGCUCUGGUUUUAACCAGAACUGAAGUGCAAUGGUCUCUUGAUUUCUUCUUUCCUUGUAGGUUUCAUUUUGGUGUCACAGGGUCUUGUGUUUUCUUUGAGUCAAAGUUCAUUAGUUGUCAGUUAUUAGCUCCUUCACUCUUCUAUUGAACCUCGAUCCAAGAGUAUCUAGUAGAUGAUAAUGAACUGUCAAGCUAAUUCAAUUUCUUAUUGGUUAGGGUUUGUUGCUUCUCUUAUUUGCAACUAUCGAUAGGUUUUUCAAUGGAGAAUUAGAAACGCGUUUCUUUAUAUGAUAUUGGGUUUUUCUUCUUCAAAUGAAUGCAUAAAUUACUAAAAUUUCCUUUAUAAUUUAACUAGUGGGUAACUUUAAUAUUUUUCAGAAAGACGCUUAGCAGUUUGCAUGGAAAAAAAAAAGGAAUAGGAUUAGCACGACUUGACAACCAUAUUUCUUUCUAAUUCAACUUUGGUAUUUAAUCACACAUUACUCCAUAAGAGGAAAAUUAUAUUUUAAUUAGGAAAGAAAAUCUGCACUAUUAA